AUUGAAACGACUAGACAGCAGCAACACGGCACAGCCCCACACAGGCUUCACGGGACACUCAACAAACAGUGAAGAAGACUUUGUAGGAAGUGUAGGAAAAUAGGACUGCAAAUGUCUCGACUCUUUUAAACGGGGGGACGGAACGAAGAACUUUUCUUUAUAGGCUACUAACGACGCGGAUGGAAAUCAUUUGGGAAUACAGCUUCCUCUCCUCCUCAACCGUGGUACCCUGAACUCAGACUACAAAGGGACGUGAGGAUUGGGCACCGUGAAAAUGGAUACAUUCUUUUUAGAGGGGGCCCGUGUCUGGCUGAGACACAAAGAACAACUCCUCCCCUCCACCGUCAGCUCUUGUAACAAUUUGUCCAUGGUCCUCACUACGGAUUAUGGGAAGGUGAUCAACCUCCAGAAGGCGGAGCUGAACAGAGAGACGGUGUACCCGAUGCUCCCCAGCAGCAUCCAUGGAGUAGAGGACAUGUCCACACUGGCAGAGCUGCAUGAAGCUGCUAUCAUGCACAACCUGUUUUCGCGCUACCAGAAAGACAACAUCUAUACCAACAUAGGUUCCAUCCUGGCAGCAGUAAAUCCCUAUAAGCAUAUAGCGGGCCUGUAUGGCAGCACUGCGGUCGAUCUGUACAGCAAACACCAGAUGGGGGAGCUGCCUCCUCAUAUCUUUGCCGUGGCCAAUGAGUGUUACCGCUGCCUGUGGAAGAGACACGACAGCCAGUGUGUUCUCAUCAGUGGGGAGAGUGGUGCCGGGAAGACUGAGAGCACCAAGCUGCUGCUGAAGUUUCUCUCAGUGAUGAGUCAAAACUCUGCAGGCACUCCGAUGUCAGAGAGGACCACCAGGGUGGAACAGGCUCUCGUCCAGAGCAGUCCCAUCAUGGAAGCCUUUGGGAAUGCUAAGACUGUGUACAACAAUAACUCCAGUCGCUUUGGGAAGUUUAUCCAGCUACACUUUUCCCAGAAUGGAAACAUUCAGGGAGGCUGCAUCAUCGACUAUUUGCUGGAAAAGAACCGUGUGGUUCGACAGAAUCCUGGAGAGAGAAACUACCACAUCUUCUACGCUCUGUUAGCAGGGGCGGACAAAGACCACAGAGACAUGUAUCUCCUGUCUGAGUGUCCUGAGUUGUAUCACUACCUUAGUCAGUCAGGCUGCAUGCAGGACAUCAGUUUGGAUGACAAGCAGCUCUUUGACAGUGUGAUGGAGGCCCUGAAAGUGAUGGAGUUCACUGAGGAGGAAAUCAGAGACGUCUUCAAGUUGCUGUCUGCUGUCCUCCAGAUGGGCAACAUUGAAUUCAUGACCGCUGGUGGAGCUCAGAUCACUUCCAAAGGCGUUGUCAGUAAUGUCAGCGAGCUGCUCGGCCUGGACUCCUUCCAGCUGUCAGAGGUGUUGACCCAACGCUCCAUGAUCCUCAGAGGAGAGGAGAUCUGUUCACCACUUACUGUGGAGCAGGCUGUGGACUCGCGGGACUCAGUUGCCAUGGCACUUUAUUCUCAGUGUUUCUCCUGGAUCAUAAUGAGGAUCAACCAGAAGAUCAAAGGCAAAGACAACUUCAAGUCUAUCGGCAUCCUGGACAUCUUCGGCUUUGAGAACUUUGAGGUGAACAGGUUUGAACAGUUUAACAUCAACUAUGCCAACGAGAAACUCCAGGAGUAUUUCAACAAGCACAUCUUCUCGCUGGAACAGUUGGAGUACAACAGGGAGGCGAUCCAGUGGGAGGCCAUCGACUGGAUGGAUAACGCAGAGUGUCUGGAUCUCAUAGAAAAGAAACUGGGCAUGUUGGCUCUUAUCAAUGAGGAGAGUCGAUUCCCCAAAGGCACGGAUUACACCCUCCUGGAGAAACUGCACAGCCGACACGCAACAAACCCAUACUAUGUGAAGCCCCGAGUGGCCGACCACCAGUUUGGCGUCAAGCACUACGCUGGAGAGGUGCUGUAUGAUGUGCGUGGGAUCCUGGAGAAGAACAGAGACACCUUCAGAGAUGACAUCUUGUUUAUUCUUAAAGACAGCAGGCUUGACUUCAUCUAUGACCUCUUUGAGCGUGUCGGUAGCAGAAAUGGAGACGAGACCCUAAAGAUGGGCACGGCCCGACGCAAGCCCACUGUCAGCUCUCAGUUCAGGGACUCUCUCCAUUCCCUGAUGGCCACACUAAGUACCUCCAACCCCUUUUUUGUACGCUGCAUCAAACCAAACAUGGACAAGAAGGCCAAUCAGUUUGAUCCUGAUGUGGUCCUGAACCAGCUGAAAUACUCUGGGAUGUUGGAAACUGUGAAGAUCCGCAAGGCCGGAUUUCCCGUCCGUAGAACCUUUAAGGACUUCUACAGCAGGUACAAGAUGAUCCUGAAGAACAAAAUCCACUCAGGCGAUGAGAAGCAGAGCUGCUUGGAGCUACUCACACUUCAUGACAAAGCCAAGACAGAGUGGCAACUGGGGAAGACAAAGGUGUUCUUGAAGGAGGCCCUGGAGCAAAGGCUGGAGAAACAGAGGGAAGAGGUGCGGCGCAAGGCUGGCAUGGUUAUCCGCGCCCACAUCCUCAGCUAUGUGGCAAGGAAACAGUAUAAGAGGGUUCAGUCCAGCGUCGUCACCAUCCAGAAGAACUACCGCGCUCACUUUUGGAGACGCGUCUUCCUACGCCUGCGGUUUGCCACCAUCAUCCUGCAGAAACAUCACAGAGGCCAGCUGGCCCGAUCCCUCCUCCACCAGCUCAAAGAGGAGAAACAGAAGCGAGAGGAGGAGGAGGAGAGGAAGAGGAGAGAAGAGAAAGAGGAGAGGAGGAGAGUAGAGGAGGAGAGGAAGAGACAACAGGAGGAGGAGGAAAAGAGAAUGAGGGAGGAAGAAGAGAGGCACAGGCUCAUGGACGAGGAGAUGAAGAGGAGGGAGGAGCUGAGACUGAUGAAGGAGAAAGAGGAAGGGCAGAAAAUGUCAGCUAAAGCAGAUGAGAAAAGAAACUUGCUGGUAAAUGGUGUUUGUCAGAAGAAGGAGCUGUCCCAGACGUUGUCCCAGAGUCACACCUCUGAGGAGGAGAGCCGUCAGAUGGAGGAGAUCCUGCGACUGGAGAGGGAGAUCGAGCGCCUGCAGAAGCAGCAGGAAGAUGGCGUGUCCCUUCUCGGAGACGUCUCCCAUGAGGAGCUACGGCAGAUGAGAGACGCUGAGAUCUACAGACUGGAGAAGGAAGCUUCCCGUGUGGCUACUGAGUUUCUGGAGCUCUUGGACUUUGGUGGUUUAGAGCCAUCGCUCUCAAGUGAGGAGAAUCUCCACGACCCGACUGAAUCUACAGCCCCUCUGGCCGAGGAGGAGGUUGACGAGGGUUUCCACGCUGAUGAUGAGUGCGUUCCUUUGCCUGAUUUCCCUCCUCCGGCUGCGGUUCCUCUAGACAAAGAAGUAUUCCAAAGUAUUCCCCCUCCUCCACCUGCCUUUGCAGAAGGAUUAGUUGCCACCCCUUCCUCUGCCUCCUGUCCUGCAACGACAAAGCUCUCCCCACUUGCCCCCAAUGGGCUGAGUCAUGCCCCUGCUCUCACAGACUCCAGAACCUCCAGACCUCCUUCUGUAGUCACUAAUGGAGAAAGGCGGCCGUGCGAAAGAGCCAGCAAGGGGUCAGACUUUGAGUCUGUGAACGAGGAGCCUUCCCACUCAAACCAGCUAGACACAGAGUCAGACUACGACCAGGAGGAGUUUGAGGAGGCCCAUGGGAGCUCAGGUGCUAGCAUCAACGACGGCCAUAUCACAGAUGAGGAGGUGUUGCGAAAAUCCUCCUGUACCCAAAACAGCUUGGACUCUUUCAGAGGCAGCUCAGACUCGUUCAUUGACAGCGAUGAGGACAAUGAUGGCUAUGUGGACACAGAUGAGGAAGUUUCCAAUGGGAGAGUGAAUCUGCUGAAUGGUAGUGGGCCUCCAUACUUCCAUGGCUACCUCUACAUGAAGAGUGGUCUGAUGAUCCCAUGGCGUCGUCGCUGGUGUGUCCUAAAGGAUGAGACCUUCAUGUGGUUUCGGGCCAAGCAGGACUCCCUCAAAUCCGGUUGGCUCUACAAGAAAGGAGGAGGGAUGUCCACUUUGUCUCGGCGCAACUGGAAGAUGCGCUGGUUUGUUCUGCGGGAGUCAAAGCUCAUGUACUUUGAAAGCGACAGUGAAGAGAAGCUAAAGGGAACUAUUGAUAUCCGCACAGCCAAAGAGAUAGUGGACAAUCAUGAGAAGGAAAAUGCACUGAAUAUUGUGACUGAGGAGAGGACCUACCACAUAUACGCAGAGUCUCCAGAAGAUGCCAGUGGUUGGUUUAAUGUGCUGAGUCGGGUCCACAGCGUCAGCCCGGAGCAGCUCAUGGAGAUGCACCAUGAACAGGCCAACCCAAAGAAUGCAGUGGGCACACUAGAUGUGGGUUUGAUCGAUUCUGUUUGUGCAUCAGACAACCCAGAUAGACCAAACUCAUUUGUGAUCAUCACAGCUAACCGGGUGAUCCACUGCAACACAGACACACCUGAGGAGAUGCACCACUGGAUCGGCCUGCUGCAGAAAUCCAAGGGAGACUGCAAGGUUGACGGACAGGAGUUCUUAGUCAGAGGCUGGCUACAUAAAGAGAUGAAGUCUGGAGCCAAAAGCACUUCUUUGAAGCUGAAGAAGCGCUGGUUUGUUCUCACCACUACCUCUCUGGAUUAUUACAAGUCGUCGGAGCGUAGCACCUCCAAACUGGGAACUCUGGUCCUCAACAGCCUCUGCUCUGUGGUGCAGCCAGAUGAGAAGGUCUUCAAGGACACUGGCUACUGGAAUAUAAUCAUCCAUGGACGUAAACACUCUUACCGUCUUUACACCAAAAUGCUGAAUGAAGCCAUGCGGUGGGCAAAUGCCAUACAGGGGGCAAUAGACAGCAAAGUUCCCAUUGAAACGCCAACACAACAACUCAUCAGGGACAUCAAGGAAAGCAGUUUGAAUGUGGAGGCUGUGGAGCAGACAUAUUGGAGGAACCCCAUCCUGAGAUAUACCCAGCAUCCUUUGCACUCCCCUCUUCUACCGCUGCCCUAUGGAGAUGUCAGCGUCCACUUGCAAAGGGAAAAGGGUUAUACCAGCCUGCAGGAUGAGGCAGUGAAGAUUUUCAACUCACUGCAGGAGAUGGAGGCCGUGUCAGACCCUGUCCCAAUCAUCCAGGGAAUCCUUCAGACCUGUCAAGACUUGAGGCCGUUAAGAGAUGAGGUUUACUGUCAGCUGAUCAAACAAACCAAUCAUGUCCCACACCCAAACAGUCCUGCCAAUCGCGCCCACUGGCAUCUCCUGACCUGUAUGUGCUGCACCUUCCUGCCCAGCCGAGGCAUCCUACGCUACCUCAGGUUUCACCUCAAAAGGAUUAAGGAGCUGUUCCCUAGUACAGAGAUUGAAAUGUUUGCCCAUUUCAUCGGUGAGUCUCUGAAGAAGACCAAGAACAGAGAGUUUGUUCCCUCUCAAGAGGAAAUUGUAGCAUUGCUUACCAGACAGGAAAUGACCACCACAGUGUACUGCCAUGGAGGAGGCUCCUGCAAAAUCUCCAUUAACUCACACACCACUGCUGGAGAGGUGGUGGAGAAGCUAAUCCGAGGUCUGGCUAUGGAGGACAGCAGGAACAUGUUUGCACUAUUUGAACACAACAACACUAUUGACAGAGCUGUGGAAAGCAGGGUUCUUGUGGCUGAUGUUUUGGCUAAAUUUGAAAGACUUGCUGGCAGUGAGGAUGAAGGCCAAUGGAAACUCUAUUUUAAACUCUACUGCUUCCUGGAUGUGGAGAGCAUGCCUAAAGAAGGAGUGGAGUUUGCGUUCAUGUUUGAGCAGGCCCAUGAGAGUUUGACCCGGGGCCACUUUCCUGCCCGUGAGGAGACCCUGCAGCACCUGGCUGCGCUACGCCUGCAGUUUCUGUUUGGAGACAAAGCAAGAGUCACCUGGAGCCUGGAAAACGUCUAUCCCGUGGGCCGCCUACGCAAUCGCAUCCUCCAGUUCACCAAGGUGGGUGGCGCAUCUGGGUCAGGCCAAACUCUGGAGCGCCGGAGGACUAGCUUCCUGGACGGGACCCUGCGGCGGGGGUUGAAGACGGGCUCAAUGAAGAAGCAGCGCAUGGAGGAGGAGCAGAUGUUGGAGAUGUGGAUAAAGGAGGAGACAUCUGCCACCAGGGCGAGCAUCGGGGAGAAGUGGUCCCGCCUCACUGGUCUAGACCAGCACCAGGCUAUGAUCAAAUACAUGACCAUCAUCAAGGAGUGGCCUGGAUAUGGAUCCACACUGUUUGACGUUGAGUGCAAAGAAGGAGGUUUCCCUCAUGAUCUCUGGUUGAGUGUGAGCGCUGAAAAUGUGUCUGUCUACAAGAGAGGAGAGCCCAAGCCUCUGGAGACCUUCCAAUAUGAGCACAUUAUUUUCUUUGGCGCUCCACAGCCCUGCACCUACAAGAUCACUGUGGAUGAGAGAGAAAUGCUGUUUGAAACACCACAAGUUGGAGAGAUCACAAAGAUCAUGAAAGCCUACAUAAACAUGAUUGUGAAGAAGCGCUGCAGUGUGAAGUCUGUGUCCAGUUAUGGAACCAACUGGAUCAGGUGAUUGACAUACAGGACUCAAAAUGUUCAUUAAGCAUUGGGAGAAGAUGAAGAGAUGGCAAAAGGAGCAAAUCUCCUCGACAGAGAUUGUGUUUCAGAGCUUAUGACUGGCUGCUUAUUAACACAGACAAAUUCCAUCCAGAACGAUUCAUUUCUAUACAGACACAAAACAUGGCAAAAGUGGAAACAUUUAAGCAUCAGCACCAUUUAAAGCUUUACAGUCGUCCUAACUGUUCCUCCCCCUCCAUGCAGUCUCCAAACAUGAUACUCGCUCUUAUAAGUUUCAGUGGUCAUUUCUCACAUCUUACUUGAAAUGUAAUUUAGGUGUCUCUUCAUGGAUUUUGUUUUUUCAAUAUCUAAGAAUACCAAAACCCUGUCUCACAUUUCAAUAUUGACAUUCAUUCAACAUCUGAAUUAGGACCCUGGGUGUAAAUUUUCUAAAAACAUCCAAACUAGAUAAAAGAAUGUGUUGCGGCGGGAAACUGACUGAGAUGUCGCCUGUCAUUGUCGCCCCAUUGAAAUGAAUGUUCUCCUGAAUGGAGAUUCCCUCAGGUGAAUGUGUGAUAUAACUGUCCCAGGGAGAUUAUCUCCCUCAUCUUGCCUUUAUUUUAGCUGUUCUGGACUAAAAGAUUCUGUGCCAAUGCGGCCUUUCAGGAAUUGAAUAUAUAUCUUGGGGUGUCGAGUAUCUUUGUUGUUAUGGCUUCCACUGGUGAUGUGCUACAAAAGCACAUCCCUAUCUUUAAAAAAAAAACUGAAAAUUCAACACGAAUAACCACUGCAUCAGUGGAGAUGCAACGUCUGUUACCACUGCAGUCAAGGAUUUUCUCAAACGGCAGGGUUAUUAAAUCAUUCAAACUAUUUGCGCUUCUUUCCUAGAAGAAGUAUUUGGUGUUGAAUUGUUUUAUUGUGUAUUGACUUGAGGGUAUGUAUCUGAAACUGAUCGCUUGUUCAGUAUGGCUGUGUCUAAAGAUUUUUUAACUGUUUUUUAGUGAUGUCAAAAACCAUGUGAUGGUGUGGUAUUUAUUUAUGGAAGUAUCAAAUGAUUGUGAGAAUAGGCAGAUUGAGCGAGGUGAAAAGCGCGCAGGAAAUGUAUUGAUGCAGUUGCCCUAGUACUUUUGUUUUCUGUUUUUUUGUGCAGUCAGGGACACAGAAAUCUAGAUUUUCUAGAUAAUGUAGUUGUUGAUAACUUGCAAUUUUUAUGCCGUUUUGUGCCCUGUUUCUGAGCUUUUGUCAACGUAAAAUAACCUAAGUGUGUUGCCCUCGAGUUGACACCCAACAUGCUCAAUUGCUUUUAUUAACGUUACAUAUUUUCUCUCUUCCAAUAUAAAUGAACACAAAGGAUACCUAGCCAGUUGACUUACAGUAUAGAAAGACUAUGAUCCAAACAUAAUGAGCUUAGUAUUUACCUCACAUUGCAUUACUGUCUUCCAUCGCUCUCCAAUCCUAUACUCACUUAGGCGAUCUGGUCAGCUGCCGGCGGCCACACCAGAGACUGAACUUGCCAUUGACGAUGACUGUAUUUCUGAGAUUUCUGAUUGUUUUGAAGAAGAAAAUUCAGAAAAUGUUUUAUAUUAGAAUUUAAAGAUGCUUUAAUAAAUUAUUGUAUUUGA